UUCCUUCUACUGUUGUUCGCUAGGGAAGAGACCGGGAGCAUCUGCAGUAGCAGCGAGAGGCCGGAUGGUGAAAUCUAACCUCCAACGGAUUUUAAAUAGCCACUGCUUUGUCAGAGAGAAGGAAGGAAAUAAAAACAACAUGCCUCUUAUUAGUAUGGCCAGUAGCAACUCACGUAAUGAAAGUUCCAGGGCUUCCCUGAAUUGCUGUAGUAACCUGCAUCCCGGGCCUCAGUGGUGCUCCGAUGCCCCUCACCCACCCCUGAAGAUCCCAGGUGGGCGAGGGAACAGUCAACGGGAUCACAAUCUUUCAGCUAGUACAGUUUACUUGGAUAAUCAACUGAUCGUGACUGAAGAGCCUUCUUCUAGCAGCAGGACUAGAAUUCUCCAGAUCCAGUCCAGGCUCGCUAACUCUAGAAAGGCCAGCUGGAGAGCAGUGCUCAAUAACAGCAAUGUCUAUAUUGAAAUCCCAGGGGGGGUGCUCCCAGAGGGCAGCAAGGACAGCUUUGCCCUCCUGCUAGAGUUUGCAGAGGAGCACCUACAAGUGGACAAUGUUUUCAUCUGCUUCCACAAGAACCAGGAUGAUCGAGCGGCACUGCUUCGUACCUUCAGCUUUCUGGGCUUUGAGAUUGUGAGACCGGGCCACCCCCUCGUCCCCAAACGACCAGACAUGUUCUUCAUGGCCUACGCAAUCGAGAGAGACUCUUCGGAUGAAGAGUAACGGACACCUUGCUGAAUCUUUCAUUCUUUCCUCCCUGAUCUUGUAAAUGUAUGAACCAUUAGAAAUUGUUAGCAUCUUUUAUUUUUCUGUUCAACAGGGUUUACAUGUGGUUUGUUCUGCUGCAUUAGGGCUUGGUGAUUCUUGAUUUUUUUUCCUUCUGUUUAUCUGCACUGUGCAAAUACUUGUGUGCUUGCAUGCCUAGCUGCUCUAGUGGUGACUUGAGGAUUUUAAAAUUUAACAAAAAAGGAUGUUUAAUGUCAUCUUUCUGAAUUAAGAUUUACAACCUGCGUGUUUUGUGAUGUGUGCACAAUAAAUUGCUCACCCUAAA